AUGGUGGUUCCAUGGUGCGACCAGCUGAAGGUGCUGACCCAUGGUUCAGUGGGAGGGUUCUGGACGCAUUGCGGGUGGAAUUCAACGUUGGAAGGUGUUUACGGUGGAGUACCGAUGCUUACUUUCCCUCUGAUAUUUGAUCAGGUUCCGAAUAGUAGGCAAAUUGUCAAGAAAUGGAGGAUCGGCUGGAGGUUGAAGAGGAUGGGGGUGGAGGAUGAAUUGGUGACGAGAGAUGAGAUAUGUCAAGUGGUGAAGAGGCUUAUGGAUGGAGGGCAGAGUGAGGUGACGGAAUUUAGGGGGAGAGCCCAGGAGUUGGGGAAGAUAUAG